AUGGUCGCGCUCCUCAUCCUGACUUCCCCUCAAGCUUGCGCACUGUCUGUCCUCCUGGCCCAUUUCCGAGGGGGCAGGCUGGUCGUGACCCUGACCCAGGAGUGGAACACCAGCAGCCGCCCCAGCGAGGACACGCAGCCCCUGGCCGUGGAGCUGGCGGACACCAAGGCCACGCUGCGUGGCGUCAGGCAGGAGCUGGAGGAGAAGACGAAGCAGCUGGCGGACGCCAGGCAUCAGUUGUACCAGCUGGUGCUGGAGCUGCAGGAGGCCCGGCGCAAUAACAUGGAGUUGGCAGCCAGCGCCCAGGCUGUUCCUGCCCUCCCUGAGCUGGACUCCCUGAGGGAGAAGGUGAGGCGCGUGGAGAGGCUGGAGAUGGAGGCGAUGGGCCUCAGGCAGAAGGAGAAAGACAUAGACUUCUAUGCAGCCUGUCUGGCCUUGCUCACCACAUCUCCGUAUGGAGACUUGGGCACCAUGACUCAGGUGCCGACUGGAGACGAUUAUUUUUCCAUGGACACUGAGAGUCAUCUCCAGGACCAUUGGAUUUGGUAUUGGAUUGAUAAGCUAUUCGAGCGGGAGGAGGAGAAUGUGCAGCUGAAAUCGAGGCUGCACCACCUCCAAUUGGCCCGGGACACAGACCAGAAAUGCCUUGAGGAGCUGCGGGAAGAGACCAUGGCCCUCAAGACUGCACAGGGGCAGAGUGUGGAGGAGUCCGCCCACCUGCACUGGGAGCUGGAGCAGCUCCAGUGCCAGGAGCUUCCAGGUGACAGCACGCUGAUGCCCAGGGGGGUCUUCGAUCUGUCGGGGGAGGAGUGGAAGCUCGGGAUGCAGGAGGCGUCCCCAGUGGUCACUCACCUCCAUGAUAGUUGUACCCGGGGCAUGGUUUCCUCCGUCGAUUUCAUCAUCGGACAGAUGGCCUCCAGCUGCUUCCUGAAGCUGGACAAGGAGAAGCAGAGCCUCCAGGACACCAUCCAGGGGCUGCGCGACGCCUCCCUGGCCAUGCAGGAGAGCAGCCUCCAGCGCCGGGAGCUGAAGAAGGAGAACCAGCAGCUCAGAAAGCAGAUUGAAGACUGGCAAGUCCAGAUGGAAAGAGAAAAGCAGACCAGCCGGGAUCUGGCGACUCUCUGUGAGGAGCUGGUGGAGGAGAGAGAACAGCUGCUCCGUGACAUCGAGACCCUGAAGGCUGAGGAAGCCCAGGAGUUCAAGGAUCUUAAACAACUGGUGCGUUCGCUGCGGGAGAGUUCACAGACCAGCAGCAAGGCCCGCAUGAAGGGCCAGAAGACUGAGAAAAAAGUGCUCCUCCAGACGGUGACGGACACCAAAAGGAAAGUGACCAUGAUGGAGUGGGAGCGGCUGCAGCUGUGCCGGGACCUGGAGCAGGUGAAGGAGCACGUGGUGCGGGCGCAGAAGCUGGAGCAGGAGCUGCAUCGCCUGCAGGAGGAGAUCGAGAAGCUGGCCAUGGAGGUCAGCGCCCUGACGACGGCCCCUCAGAAGGUCCACGCCCUCAAGCGGGAGAGCCCGGACCUGUUGCUGGAGAACCAGAGGCUGCAGACGUCUCUGGACACCCUGCAGCCCGAGGGCCUGGAGCAGGACAAGCAGCUGGACACCAGGCAGGUGGAAAAUUCCACUCUGAGCUCCCAGAGCGCCUCGCUCACUGCGCUCACAGAGCAGAACACGCAGCUCCAGCACCAGCAGCUGGCGGCAGCCCACAAGGCCCUGCAGCAGGAACACGCGUGCCUGGGCGUGCUCCACGAGCGCCUGACUAGGGAGCACGAGGCCCUUCUGGACAAGUACCGCCGCCAGAAGACACUGCUGAGUCGGACCCUGAAGCUGGAGAGCAAGGCUCUCAGUGACAGAUACAAGGACCAGCUCCAACAUAAGGUGGCGCUGGAGCAGCUGGGGACGCUCUUGACCACCGAGCGGGAGGCUCUGCAGCAGGAGCAGAGGACGAGCACCAUGGCCGCCGAGGAGAACCAGAGGCUGCAGCGAGAGCUGGACAGGGCCAAUUCCCUGCACCAGCAGCUGAAAGGGGAGCAGGAGGAGCUGCAGACCCACACUAAGAAGCUGCAGACCUCCCUGAACAACACCCAGCUGCAGGCCCAGUGUGAGGGGCUGAAGGCGGAGCUAGAGGAGCUGUAUGCUCUCAACAAGGAGCUGCAGGCCGACGCCAAUGAGCUGCUCACAGAAUACAAGGAGCUGCUCACAGACAACAAGGAGCUGCAACUGUCCCUGAAUGACACGCAGCGGGAAGUGAACAGCUGGCAGGCCCGGUACGAGGAGCUGAAGGGGCAGCAGGAGGAGCUGCAGACUCACAGCAAGAAGCUGCAAACCUCCCUGGACAACACGCAGCUGGAGGUGAACCACUGGCAGGCCCAGUAUGAGGGGCUGAAGGCAGAGCAAGAGGAGCUGUACGCCCUCAACAAGGAGCUGUACACCCUCACCAAGGUGCUGUAUGCCCUCACCAAGGAGCUGCUCACAGACAACAAGGAGCUGCAACUGUCCCUGAAUGACACGCAGCAGGAAGUGAACAGCUGGCAGGGCCGGUAUGAGGAGCUGAAGGGGGAGCAGGACGAGCUGCUCACAGACAACAAGAAGCUGCGAACCUCCCUGAACGACACGCAGCUGCAGGUGAACUGCUGGCAGAACCAGUGCAACUGGCUGAGGGAGGAGCUCCAGAGCACGGACAUCUCGCUGACCGAGCUGGACAACCGCUGCCAGCUGGUCUCCCGCCUCAAGGGCAACUUGGAGGGAGAAAACCGUCACCUGCAGAGCCAAAUCCAAAGGCUGAAAGAGCAGAACCAGAGGCUUCUCCAGGAGGACGUGGAGGACAAGGACCAGCACCAGGAGGAGCAGCAGCAGUACGUAGACAAAUUCAAUGCCUUACAGAGACAAAAUGAAAAACUGGAAGAAAAAAGCAUGGCUCAGCACAAGUUCCAUGAUCCAGCGCCAAAGAAGAAAAAGCACUGGAUUGGAGCCAAAGUCUUAGUCAAACUCAUCAAACUAAAGAAAGGGGGAUCCAGAGAAUGGCCAAAGUCAACCCCACAGAGGCCUCCCUGGCCGCUGGGGUCCUCAGACCAGGCCUCGCCCAGUACUUCUCAGCCUCUUCAAUCGCAGCUGGAACCCCUCAAGGCCACCCCAUGCUGCUCAAAGGUGACAGAAGAGCAAGACACCUGCAGGGGGCCCAGGGGAAAAGGCCCUGGGGACCCAAUACCAAAGGGAGUGGCCCCACACAGAGGCAGCCUUGACCGCACUCGAGGAGAUGCCUCCGCUGACCCAGCCACCAAGCCCCGGCCAUCAGAGCUGGGCUCCGGGCCCUGUUCAUCCUCAGCCAUCACUACAGCUCCUUCCAGCUCCACCUCCACCUCCCGGCACCCAGGCCGCACCCACGAUCCCUUCUCCUCACUGACCAGCUCUGGGCACCUGGGCGAGCCACCCAUCCUCCAAGUGUGGGUUCCUGCAGCUUCCAGAUGGGGACAGGGCUGGGAGUUCCGGUCCAUCGUGGUCAGAGGACACAGACUUCACAUGAGGCUGGUGAUGGAUGUGCUGCCCCUGCUGGACGGGGCUCCACAGUCUGUCUUCCCACCACGGAGUGUCAGAGCUAAAUCCACAAGCCAGGGGAGCCCUGGAGCCCUGAGUCACUGCGUGCAGAGGAUGAGCUUUGGUGGCUCCCUGGCCCACAUCAUGGACCAAAAAGAGCAAGAUUUUAUGGGUGUAGUGUAUGAGCUGCUGACAGGUGUUGACCACGUGGAGCGCAAUUCAUCUCAGCGGGGUCUGGUGCCUGCCUAG